AUGGGUUGGUACAACACUCCGUACAGAGCUUCAGGGUUCCCAGACUCGUCAUGCUUGUGGAACCAGUUCGCCUGCUCGAAGAACAAAUGCAUAGCUAAACAAUGGCUAUGUGAUGGCGAGAACGACUGUGAGGAUGGCCUGGACGAGAGCGUGCAGAUCUGCGGCUUAGUGACAUGUGCUCCUGGGCUGUUCAGCUGCCCCGGGUCAUACGCCUGUGUUCCAAAACGCUGGCUCUGUGAUGGUGAAAGGGACUGCCCCGACGGGAGCGACGAGCUGUCUGCAGCUGGCUGCGCACCCAACAACACAUGUGAUGACAGCUCGUUUCGCUGCCGCAACAAAGCGUGCAUCCCCCAGCGAUUCGUCUGCGACCACGAUGACGACUGUGGAGAUGGGUCUGAUGAGUCGGUGGAAUGUGCCUACCGCUCCUGUGGAUCAGAAGAGUUUCGCUGCGGGGACGGCCGCUGUCUCCUCAGCUCUCAGUGGGAGUGUGACGGCUACGCAGACUGUCCCGACCACUCUGACGAACUGCCUCUGAACCUCAAAUGUCUGGCCGCAGGAAGCUUGUGCAACGGCUCCUUCUACAUGUGCUCCAAUGGACGCUGCAUCUCCGAGGGAAACCUCUGUGAUGGCAGAGAUGAUUGUGGAGACCGGUCGGAUGAGAGAAACUGUAAUGUUAACGAAUGCUUGAACCGUCGAAUCAGUGGGUGCACUCAGGACUGCCAAGAUCUUCCUGUGGGAUACAAGUGUAAAUGCUGGCCUGGUUUCCACCUGAAGGAUGAUGGGAAGACAUGUGUGGAUGUUGACGAAUGCUCCACUACCCUUCCUUGUAGCCAGCGCUGCAUCAACACUUACGGCUCUUACAAAUGCCUGUGUGUGGAUGGCUACGAAGCAUUGGACCGAAACCCCAACACAUGCAAGGCUCUGACAGCUGAAGAGCCUUUUCUCAUUAUGGCGGACCACCAUGAGAUCAGGAAGCUGAGCGUGGAUGGCUCAAAUUACACCAUCUUGAAACAGGGCCUCAACAACGUCAUCCACAUAGACUUCGACUACAAGAAGGAAUUCAUCUAUUGGGUGGACUCAACUAGGCCAAGUGGUCGGAAAAUCAACAGAAUGCGCCUCAAUGGGAGUGACCUGAAGAUGCUAUGCAUCAAUUACGUCGAUUUGGACGUCCUCCUGACUUCAGCUAAAUUUGGGGUACAGGGUAGUCUCAACGAGCAAGACACUGUGUUUGCCGUACAAGAGGACUAA